AUGUCCUCUGUAGUAUCUGUAGAUAACCCGGGGGAGGAGACAGAGUGCACCCUCAUCAACUCUGCAGAUUUUGAAGCAAGUUUUAUUCGCCUGAUUGACAAAGUGACCAAUGGCUCUCGGAUUGAAAUAAACCAAACAGGUACUACCCUGUAUUAUCAGCCUGGUCUUCUGUAUGGAGGCUCGCUGGAACAUGACUGCAGCCCCAGUCGUGGUAUUGGCUACUAUUUGGAAAGUCUGCUCUGCUUGGCACCUUUCAUGAAACAUCCGUUGAAGAUUGUCCUGAGAGGAGUAACAAAUGAUCAAGUAGAUCCUUCGGUUGAUGUUCUAAAGGCAACAGCUCUACCCCUACUGAAGAAGUUUGGAAUUGAUGGUGAAAGUCUGGAAAUCAAGAUCAACCGGAGAGGAAUGCCUCCGAAAGGGGGUGGAGAGAUACUGUUUGCGUGCCCAGUGAGAAAGGUCUUGCAGCCGAUUCAGUUCACAGACCCUGGCAAAAUCAAGCGCAUCAGAGGAACUGCAUACUCUGUCAGAGUGUCACCACAGAUGGCAAACAGAAUGGUGGAAUCUGCAAGGAGCAUCCUGAAUAAAUUCCUUCCAGACAUUUAUAUCUACACGGAUCAUAUGAAGGGGGUGAGCUCUGGAAAAUCACCAGGUUUUGGCAUGUGCCUGACUGCAGAGACCAUCAAUGGGACUAUUCUCAGUGCCGAGCUAGCCUCAAACCCUCAGGGCCAGGGAGCAGCUGUGCUUCCCGAGGAACUUGGCCAGAAUUGUGCUAAGCUGUUGCUUGAGGAGGUCUACAGGGGGGGCUGUGUAGAUUCAACAAAUCAGAGCCUUGCUCUGCUCCUCAUGACCCUUGGACAGCGGGAUGUUUCCAAAGUCCUCUUAGGACCUCUGUCUCCAUACACAAUUGAGUUUCUGCGACACCUGAGAAGCUUCUUCCAGAUCAUGUUUAAAAUUGACACAAAGACCCCUGAGGAAGAGCACAUGGGCGGGGAGAAAGUCUUGAUGACGUGUGUUGGCGUUGGAUUUUCCAACCUUAGCAAAACUAUAAGAUAAGAAACAUCUGCAGACGUCAUGGAAUGGGGUGACAGAAAAUGCUGCAAAGAUCUGAUAAAACCUGCCUUUCACUGUGCUUAUUCUGGCA